AUGAGUAGUAGUAGUAGCAGUAGCAGUAGCAGUAGUAAAGGUGGGCUUUUCAGGUACGCCGAUGGGUAUGCACUUAGGUUGCUCUAUGUUGCACUUGGAGUUGGAGUAUCUGCGUUUUUCGAAGGAUUGUGUUGGACAAGAACAGCGGAGAGGCAAACGUCGCGUAUAAGGAUGGAGUACUUGAGAUCUGUACUAAGACAAGAAGUCGGUUUCUUCGACGAACAAAGCGCUUCUUCCACCACCACCUUCAAAGUUGUCUCGAGCAUCUCGGCAGACGCUCAUCUAAUCCAAGAUGUUAUUGCUGAGAAGAUUCCAAACUGUCUGGUCGACCUCUCCGCAUUCGUAUUCGGCCUAGUUGUCGCCUUCUUACUCUCUUGGCGCCUAGCGUUGGCUUCACUGCCAUGCGCGGUGUGUUUUAUCGCACCGGGACUAGGUUUCGGGAAGCUAAUGAUGAACCUAGGAUCCAAAAGCAAAGACGCGUACGAGGUUGCGGGCAGUGUGGUCGAACAAUCCAUAUCGUCGAUCAGAACCGUGUACUCCUACGUAGGUGAAUCCCAGACGCUCGAUCGAUUCAGCCGCGCUCUUCGAGAAAGUACGAAGCUCGGUAUACGGCAAGGCUUUGCAAAGGGGCUCAUGAUAGGUAGCAUGGGGAUGGUUUUCGCAUCGUGGGCUUUCGAAUCUUGGGUCGGAAGCGUGCUUGUUAUCGAGAGGGGCGAAAGCGGGGGCCGUGUUUUUAUAGCAGCUGUUUGUGUUGUCCUUGGUGGAUUGUCGUGUAUGAGCGCUCUACCCAAUCUCUCAUUCAUCGUGGAUGCUUCAUCCGCAGCCACUCGAAUUUUCGAGACGAUCGACCGCAUUCCUGAAAUAGACUCGGAGGACAAAAAGGGAAAAGUUUUAUCGUAUGUGCAUGGAGAAAUCGAGUUCAAGGAUGUUUAUUUCAGUUAUCCAUCAAGAAUGGACACACAAGUACUUAAAGGGUUCAAUUUAAAAGUGAAACCCGGUAAAACGGUGGGCCUCGUGGGGGGGAGUGGGUCCGGAAAAUCCACAAUCGUUUCGUUGCUCGAAAGAUUUUACGACCCUUUGAAAGGAGAUAUAUUGCUCGAUGGAUAUAGAAUAAAUCGGUUGAAAUUGAAAUGGUUGAGAUCGAAGAUGGGGUUAGUGAAUCAAGAACCGAUUUUGUUUGCAACUUCGAUAAGGGAUAAUAUAUCGUUCGGGAAAGAGGAUGGUUCGAUGGAAGAGAUUGUGAAUGCUGCUAAGGCUGCUAAUGCACAUGACUUCAUUGUUCAAUUGCCAGGAGGGUAUGAAACUCAGGUAGGGCAAUUUGGGUUCCAAUUAUCAGGAGGGCAGAAGCAAAGAAUAGCAAUAGCAAGAGCAUUGAUCAAAGACCCGAAAAUCCUCCUACUCGACGAAGCGACGAGCGCUCUCGAUUCACAAUCCGAAAGACUUGUUCAAGACGCGAUCGAUCUCGCCUCCCAAGGAAGAACAACCAUCGUAAUCGCCCACCGCCUCACCACAAUCCAAAAUGCUGACAUCAUCGCCGUCGUCGACUCCGGACAGGUCAUCGAGUCCGGGUCUCACAACACACUCAUGAUGCAAGAAAACGGAGCCUACUCUAAAAUGGUCAAAAUGCAGCAAAAUUCAUCGAACGAAGCCCCAUCUCAUCGUACCCCCGUUAACCCUAAAAAGACAAGAAGGAGAAACCAAAAGAGCGUAAUAUACGAAAGUAGUUGGCAAAAAAGCCCGGCUUCUCCAUUUAGCCCGUCUAUAACGAUGAGUGUGCUCCCUUCUAUCAACAUGGUUUCUUACUACGAAAGCGAUGACGACCAAUCAUCUCCCGCCACGUCAUCGCCCGCCCUUUCGCAGUGGCAGUUGAUUCGAAUGAAUGCACCGGAAUGGAAGAGGGGUUUGCUCGGAUGCGUUGGAGCUUGUACCUUUGGAGGAAUUCAGCCUUUGAAUGCUUAUUGCUUAGGAUCGGUUGUUUCUAUAUACUUCAACAACGACACUUCGAAAAUAAAAUCGGAAACCGCGUUUUACUGCGUGAUUUUCGUGUCCAUAGCCGUAGUAAGCUUCUUCGCGAACCUACUCCAGCACUACAAUUUCUCCGUCAUGGGAGAAAGGUUGACAAAGAGGAUACGAGAGAGCGUGCUCGAAAAUAUUCUAACUUUCGAAAUCGGGUGGUUCGAUUGGGAAGAAAACACGAGCGCGGCUAUCUGCGCGCGUCUCUCCACGGAGGCAAACGUUGUGCGGUGCCUCGUUGGGGAUCGGAUGUCCCUAUUGGUCCAGGUGUUCACGAGCGCUUUCGUCGCUUUUACCCUCGGAUUGAUCCUCACGUGGAGAGUUUCCGUAGUCGUGAUCGCCAUACAGCCUUUGAUAAUCGCAAGCUUCUACUCGAAGGGGGUUCUGAUGAAGAAAAUGUCGGCUAAAGCACAAAAGGCGCAAAACGAAGGGAGCCAGCUGGCGAGCGAAGCCGUAAUUAAUCAUCGAACAAUCACUGCAUUUUCUUCGCAGAAGAAAAUCCUUUCUCUAUUCGGAGAAACCCUAAAAAACCCUAGAAAGGAGAGUGUGAAACAGUCGUGGUUUUCCGCGACCGGGUUGUUUGUAUCGCAGUUUCUAACGACAGCUAGCAUUGCCCUGACUUAUUGGUACGGAGGGAGAUUGAUGAACAAGGGUUUGGUUAGCUCGAAGCAUCUUUUUCAAGCAUUCUUUAUUUUGAUGAGCACCGGAAAAAACAUUGCUGACGCGGGUGGAAUGUCGUCGGAUCUGGCUAGAGGAAGCAGCGCCGUCGGAUCGGUUUUUGCGAUUUUGGGAAGGAAAAGCGAGAUCGACCCGGAUAAUUGUAACGGGUUUAAAAUAAAGAACGGUUUGAAAGGGAGGAUUGAUUUGAAUCGGGUUUUCUUUUCGUAUCCGUCGAGGCCGGAGCAGAUGAUUUUACAAGGAUUGAGUCUGGAGAUCGAAGGUGGAAGAACGGUGGCGCUUGUGGGCCAGAGCGGGUCGGGAAAAUCGACGGUUAUAGGGUUGAUUGAACGAUUUUACGAUCCGAUAAAAGGAAGUGUUCUAAUAGAUGGAAAAGAUGUCAAAAGCUACAACUUGAGAGAUUUGAGAUCUCAUAUUGCUUUAGUGAGUCAAGAGCCGACGCUUUUCGCCGGGACCGUAGUUGAGAACAUAGUAUACGGUAAUGAGAACGCGACGGAAUCGGAAAUCAAGAGAGCUGCAUUGCUUGCUAAUGCGCACGAAUUCAUAAGUUCGUUGAAAAACGGAUACGAAACUUACUGUGGAGAAAGAGGGGUCCAACUUUCCGGAGGGCAAAAACAACGGAUCGCACUUGCACGUGCAAUUCUCAAGAAUCCAUCUAUCCUUCUAUUGGACGAGGCAACGAGUGCACUCGACAGUGUUUCGGAGAAUUUAGUUCAAGAGGCAUUGGAGAGGAUGAUGAUUGGGAGAACUUGCGUGAUUGUGGCUCAUCGGUUAUCGACUAUACAGAAAGCCAAUUCCAUUGCGGUUAUCAAGAAUGGGAGGGUCGUGGAGAAAGGGUCGCAUUCGCAACUUCUUGAUAUCGGAAAUCGAGGUUCAUACUAUUCGUUGAUCAACCUACAAAAUGGACAUUCUUCUUAGGAGGGUGGUGAUUAUUGGAACAUGCAGGUUUGUCUGUAAAGAAUGAUGUAAUAUAUACAUAGUACA